AUGAGCACAUCUAAUACACCACCUGACCCUCUACAUGAUGGUGGAGAAGAAAUCAAUAUUGAUGAUCUAUCUAACAUUGAUGAUAAGGCGCCUUUGUGGAUUUAUGUGAAUAAAAUUGAGAAGAUGGUUGGAGGAGGAUCAUGGAGAUUUGAAUGCAAAUUUUGCAAUACAAAAUAUUCUGGUUCUUAUUGCAGAGUCACAACUCAUUUGUUGAAAGAUGGAGCAAAGGGAAUUAAAGAGUGUUUGAAGGUUACUUCUCAACAAAGAGCUAACAUGAGAAAGUUAGUUGAUGAGUGCAAAAAAAGAAUACAACGUGCAGCUCCUAAAACAGUUCCGUUGCCGUCAUCAACAAGGAACGCGUCUCACUCUUCUCUUGAUUAUGAUAUGAGUUAUAGUGUUCCGAUUGCAAAUGAGCUUGAUCCGAAGAGGAGAAAGACAAUGGAUUCACCUUUGGCAAAGGCAUUUAAGAAUGAGGAAAGGGAGCAAUGUGAUGGCGAGGUUGCUAGAAUGUAUUACACAGGUGGUUUAUCUUUUAACCUUGCAAGAAAUCCUCACUACCAAAAUUCAUAUAAGCGAGCAUCAAACAUUCCAGGAUAUGUUCCCCCUGGGUAUGAAGCAUUGAGGGCUGGACUUCUCCAAAAAGAAAAGAAGAACCUUGAACUGCACUUACAGCCUUUAAAGAAUUCAUGGAAACAGAAAGGAGUUAGUAUAUGUAGCGACGGUUGGUCGGAUCCACAACGAAGACCAAUAUUUAACUUGCUUGCUGCAAAUGAGAGUGGUCCAAUGAUGUUAAGGGCGAUUAAUACCCACGGUGAAACAAAAACAGGUGAGAUGAUUGCAGAGUUGAUCAUAGACUGCAUAAAGGAGGUUGGACAUGAAAGUGUUGUCCAAGUAGUUACUGAUAAUGCUGCCAAUUGUGUAAAGGCUGGUUCACUUAUUUCAGCCAAGUAUCCUACCAUCUUCUGGACCCCAUGUGUGGUGCAUACUUUGAACCUUGCUUUGAAGAACAUAUGUUCACCAUUAUUAAACACAAGAACAGACGAAGGUGUAUAUGAUUCUUGUUCUUGGAUCAAGUCUCUAAGUGAGGAUGUGAAUUGGAUUAAGAACUUCAUUAUGAACCAUGGAAUGAGGCUUGUGAUGUUUACAGAACAUUGUGAUCUUAAACUCCUUACAAUAGCUUCUACCAGAUUUGCCUCCACGGUUGUGAUGUUCAAAAGGUUCAAGAAAAUAAAAACUGGGUUGCAACAAAUGGUGAUCAGUACUAAGUGGGAUGAUUAUAAAGAAGAUAAUGUAACUAAAGCAUAUGCGGUGAAACAAAAGAUAUUAGAUGAGAUGUUUUGGGAUGAGCUUGAAUAUGCUUUAUCUUUCACUUUGCCCAUAUAUAGUGUGAUUAGAGCUGCUGAUACUGAUAAGCCUUCUCUUCAUUUAGUAUAUGAGUGGUGGGACAAUAUGAUUCAGAAUGUGAAGAAGGCUAUCUUUAGAAAAGAAAGAAAAAAACUUGACGAAGAAUCUGUAUUCUGGAAUGCUGUGAAUUCUGUUUUGAUCUCUCGUUGGAAUAAGAGCAAUACUCCUCUCCAUUGCAUGGCACAUUCUCUGAAUCCGAAAUAUUAUAGUUCAGAGUGGCUUGGAGAAGAAACCAAUAGAAAAUCUCCACAUCAAGAUUUAGAGGUUACUAGAGAAAGAAAAAAUUGCAUCAUGAGGUAUUUUACAGAUCCAGAUGAAAGAAGAGAAGUUAAUGUUGAAUAUUCCAAUUUUUCAUUAUGCUUGGAAGACUUUGGUACCGUUGAUGCAAUGCAUGAUAGGUUCAUCCUAGAACCUCUAAAAUGGUGGGCAGUUCAUGGAGCUUUAGCACCAAAGCUUCAAGCCUUAGCUUUUAAGUUACUUGGACAGCCUUCAUCAUCCUCAUGUUGCGAAAGGAAUUGGAGUACUUACAAGUUUAUACAUUCUGCAACAAGAAACAAGCUUGCUCCACAAAGAGCAGAAGAUUUGGUAUUUGUCCACACCAAUCUUCGUCUUUUAUCAAGGAAAAGUUCUGCUUAUAAAAAUGGUCCUAAUCAAAUGUGGGAUCUUGGAGGUGAUCAAUUUGAUUCACUAGAUGAGUCUAAUUUAGGGAGACUUGAGUCUGAAGAUCUUUCUCUCGACGAACCUGAUUUAGAGGCAGUUUUGUUUGGUGAAACCAAUGAAAAUGAGAAUGGCGAUGAUGGUCAAAAAAAUUGA